AUGGCGAUCUCCAUGUGCAACAACUACAUGGAUCCUCGUCAACGCUCCCCGAGCGUUUCCCCAUCGUCCGACACCGUCUUUCAGGAAGCAUGCGAGAUCUACUUCCGUCACUGCCAUAACAAACCCUAUGGCUUCUUCAAUGCCGACUUGUUCCACCUCAAGGCCGCUCAAAACCAGAUCCCACUUCAUCUACGACUCGCCUUGAUUGCCACAGCCACUCGGUAUUCCUCCUGUUCACAAUGGCGAGAACGGAAACAAAGCACGAUUGAUGGCUACGCCCGGUGCUCGUGGGAGCUUAUUGUGACCGCGCAGGAUGGAUUCAAUGAUUCGGAUGAUAUGACGGUGAUCCAGUCUCUUGCGUUGCUCGCAGUCAUCGAUGCCACUGCUGGUCGGCGGCGCGGUGCCUGGGUCAAAAUCGGAAUGGCCGUGCGAAUCAGUCAAGAUUUACAAUUGAUGCUCGAACCGAGUGAACAUUUACCCGCUUUGGAACGGGACGAACGACGCAAUUUGUUCUGGUCUUUAUAUCUGCUCGAUCGCGUCGUGUGCUGCUCCUUUCAACGGCCCCCCGCUAUCAAAGAUGCCGAUUGUCUGUUGAAUCUACCAAACUAUGGCGAUUCGGGGAAACGAGAGCGGACUCUGACCUUGAAAGAGCUCUUGGAUGAGAAUGCACGAGACACCUCCCUUCGGCCGGGAAUGUUUGGAAUCAGCAUCGCUUUGGUCUCGGUACUCGGUCGAACGAUCAAAUGUAUGAUGAAUGGGGAAAAUGAUACCGAGAAACCUUGGCUGGCUGGCUCUGAAUACCAGCGGAUCUACAGCGACUUGGAGUAUUUGAAAGUUCUGGCUGUGAACAAUAGCCCGGCCGCGGCUGCUCAAGGGCACGCAAGCACACAUUCUCCGAGCCAGAUGCAAGACCGGGAGCGUGAGCGAAUUGCGCAUAUGGUGCUCUCUCACACAUUAUAUCAUUUGGCGCAUUGUAUCCUCAGUCAUCCCUAUCUGCUCGGACUGAGAGUUCGAUCCACGAGCAACUCGCAAGCUCCGCGUGGCUGGCUGAGAGACUCCCGUGCGGCCUGUGUCGUUCACGCGGGCGCUCUGAUCACCGUUCUUGUCGAGGCCAAAGCUGCAGGAUACAUGCCCUUGCCCUCGGUAUACAGUUAUUGCAUUCUGGUGGCGAGCACCGUCCAGGCUCUGCAUCUCCACAGUGACGAUCCAGCGGUCAGCCGCAGUGCAGCAGAGUACCUCAAAACCUCACUCGAGUAUCUGGGCGACAUUUCAGAACUAUGGACCAACGCACAGGUCAUGGUGAACGCUCUGAAAUUCUUUUCCCUCCAAUGUCCCCGAUACAGCCAUCUUCUCCUCCGCGACCACCCUCUCACCGAAGAAUUCACCCCUACCGAAUCUGCCAUCCUCCGCUCUGUUCUCGACUACUGGGCCAUGAUGGAUCCCCAAAAUCCCGCCUUUGAUCUCGCCCCAAAGACCACCGAUUCAUCAGAUCGUCACAGCUCAUUGACCCCAUCCACGCCCGAUUCCGCCGGCGUCAUCACUCUGGGCGUCACCAUGCCUCAAAUGCCCGAGCACAAGACUCCAUGCGAGUCGGUGGAUCCAGAUAUUUUGAUUCAAUGGCCCGUGUCGCCCAUGUCUCCGUUGGACUCGGAUAUUGAAACUUCGCCGAGGUGGGAUUGGGAUUCAGAAUUGAAUGCGAUGAAUGAUUGA